AUGUCUGAAUUACAUGAUUUAUGUAAAUUUCCAACUCGACCAAUAGAUCAAUCAUAUAUUGAUAAAUUGACUCAAUAUCUUAAAGAUGGAAUUCCCGCAACUUACACAAUCGAGGAAGCGUAUAAUUAUAUUAAUAAUAUUGAGGAAGAGCCAACAACGACAACAACUCCAUUACAUUUAAUAUGUAGUCAUGCUCCAUUUGAUAUCACCAAAGAAGAACAAGAAAUAAUCUCUACAAUGGUGGAGAAAUUAUUUGAAUAUGGAGCAGGAUGGAGUUUUACUGAUAUUAAUAAUCAAACCCCUGGAUGUAUUUUAAUAUCAAGAAGAAAAGAAAGAGAAAAUAAGGAAGAGGAUGGAAAAUGGAUGAAUGAUGUAUAUCAACAAAUCAUUGAUGCUGGAGUUAGAGCGGAAUUAUUGUUGAGAAAAGUAAAUGAAUUUGAAGAAAUUGAAUUUAUUGAAGAAGAUGAUGAACAAGAAGAAAAAGAAGAAGAGGAUAUUCCUCAAUUGGUUAAGGAUGAACAAGAAAUCAAAGAGGAAGCAAAACAAGAACAAACUACUACUACAGACAUUAAGCCUGUCGUUAUUGAUGAUGCACCUGAUGCACCAUCACAAAAUCAACAAUCAUAUUUAAAUACAAAAUUAGAAUAUAUUAAUGAUGCAUUAAUUACAAAAGACGAUAAAGAUGGAGUAAUGAUGGCAUGGGAAAAUGAUAUUAUGAAAUUAGCCAGUGAUACCAUAACCAGCUCAGCCAGCUCAGCCUCUGAUUCGGAACUGGAACAGGAGGUGAAUAUUUUAAAUAUUGGAUUUGGAAUGGGGAUAAUUGAUGCUAUGAUUCAAUCAAAACUUAAAUCUCAUCCAAAUGCUAAACAUUAUAUAUGUGAAGCUCAUCCUGAUGUAUUACAAAAAAUGAAAAUAGAUGGAUGGUACGAAAAACCCAAUGUUAUAAUAUUAGAAGGAAGAUGGCAAGAUAAAUUAAAUGACCUAUUAUCAUCAUCAUCUUCUUCUUCAGAAGCUUCGGUUUUUUUUGAUGGGAUUUAUUAUGAUACAUUUCUGGAACAUUAUCAAGAUAUGUUAGAAUUAUUUGAUAUUAUAGUUGGAUUAUUAAAACCUCAUGGGAUUUUCUCAUUUUUCAAUGGAUUAGGAGCUGAUAGACAAAUAAUUUAUGAAGUUUAUAAAAAUUUAUUAAUUAUUGAUUUAGAAAAUUAUGGAUUAAAUUGUCAAUUUAAAGAAUUUAAUGUUCCUAAUGAAAAAUUUUGGAAUAAAUUACAAGAUAAAAGUAUUUGGGAUGAUGUUAAACGAUCUUAUUGGUCUUGUCCUAUAUAUUAUCAUCCAAUAAUCAAAUUCAUCGAUUAUUAG